CGUGCUGUGGUAUGUAUGGGGGUUUCCCUAACAUAUGAAGCUAAGUUGUUGUACCAGUGCAUGCUAAGCCUAGGGACUAUCACUGACGUCAGCAAGCAAUAGGAUCCCUGUGGUUGACCUCAGGGACACCCUCUCUGGCUCCAAGGAUCUGGGCAGCUGCCCUCAAGUGAAGGAGCUCCAUUCUUCGCUGAGUACUGUCGGCUUCGUCUUCCUGAAAAAUUAUGAAAUUGACAAACAAAUGGUAGAAACCUGGGUAGAGGGAAGCAACAAUCACGAAGAUAUCAGUACCAUGCAUUUAUAUCAGACCGUGCACUGAAAGACUUCUCUGCUGUGCAGCUAUACUAUACCAGAGGAGCAGAGGACCUGAUCACACUCUACCUGAAUAAUUAUACAAUGGUUUUGUUGCAGAUAUUCUGGUGAUAGUAUAUCAUUGUGGCCUAUAGUGAGAGCACAAUGAUAACUAUCACCAGGCUGAGAACAUCUGCUGAAUAAUUAUACAAUGGUUUUGAUGCAGAUGUUCAGAUUGGUGAUAGUAUCAUUGUGCUCUCACUAUGUAGCCUAUAUAGUGAGAGCACAAUGAUAUAUUAUCCCCAGAACAUCUGCUGAACAAUGGUUUUGAUGCAGAUGUUCAGACUGCAUAUCAUAUAGCUAGGCAAAGUUACUACAAUACAUUGGCAAAACAAGCCAACUAAUACGUUUGUAUAUACAGAACGUUGCAUCAAUAAUCAAAUGGAUGAAGCUAUUAAUCAGAGAAAUUGUGCGUAUGGUAUUUCUUGCAAAGGAGAGGUCCUGGAGGAUACUUACGAAACAAUGCCACCACUAAGCAUCCUGCCACAAGAUAACGAAAAGAAAGACCUCAAGCCAGCAACAAGAGAAAUGUCGGUUAAAGUGAGGAAAGUACAAGUGAAUUGCUAUGCUAUUGUCACCAUCUUAGCUCUAGUGAUGGCUAUUCUUUCUCUGAUAGUGGCUUUGGUAGGAGUGGGCUAUGCUCUAAUAGAAUUGAACAACCAGCAAGGUCAACUAAGCAGUUCCAGUCAGGGGGUGAAAUCCCAGAUCAACAACUUGAAGCAACAAAUUCAAAUAUCAAAUGAGCAGUGUAAAAUUAAGAUAGAAUUGCAUGCCCAACUGAACGACACACACCAAAUUUUGCAAGCUCAACUAGAUGAAUCGAACCAAGUGUUACAAGCUCAAUUAAACGCCUCAAACCAUCAGAUUCAAAUAUCAAAUGAACAGUGUAAAAUUAAGAUUAUAGAAUUGCAUGCCCAACUGAACGACACACACCAACUUUUGCAAGCUCAACUAGAUGAAUCAAACCAAGUGUUACAAGCUCAAUUAAACGUCUCCAACCAACAGAUUCAAAGUAUUUUCCAAGAUGUUAAAAAAAUCAUAGCAACUGAGCUACAAAUAGGGAGCAUAAGCAAACCAGCCAGCUCCUGCCAUGACAUCCCUCAUUACAAAUCAUCAGGAGAAUACUGGAUUGCUACUGACAGUACUAGAAUUCCUGUUGAAGUCUACUGUGACAUGAACCAAACAAGCUGUAGCUGCAACACUACAAGAGGAUGGAUGAGAGUAGCCAACCUCGACAUGUCUGACCCCAGCCAAAACUGCCCAGAUGGAUUCAGACUGGAGACAACACCACCAGAUCCACUACGUGCCUGUGUCAGACCUGAACCAGCAGAAUGUGUGUCUACUACCUACACAACGUAUGGGGUGGAGCACUCCCAAGUUUGUGGGAGAGUGAUUGGCUAUCAAGACAAAACUCCAGAUGCUUUUCGACCAUAUUCUUUGAACAAAACACUGUCUAUUGAUGAUGCUUACGUUGAUGGUGUGAGCCUAACCCAUGGACGGUCGCCUCGUCAGCAUAUCUGGACAUUUGCUACUGCACACGAUGAAACUAUCUCAAAUGAAUUGGUUUGUCCUUGCACAAGAUCUAACCGCCCCUACACUGGAGUUGUACCUCCUUUCAUCGGUCAAGACUACUUCUGUGAAACUGGAAGCCGACAAGGAGCUACUACUAGCACCUUUUACCCUGACGACCCAGUCUGGGACGGUCAGGGAUGUGGAGAUACCAGCACUUGCUGUAUGUUCAACAACCCACCGUGGUUCUGCAAGCAACUUCCUCAGCCAACUAUAGACGAUAUCGAAUUGAGAAUCUGUGCUGAUGAAGGUCGUAACAAUGAAGACGUACUUAUAAAGCUAGCGGAGAUCUACAUUCGCUGAUAUACAUGCAUAUACUGACUCUCAAGUUAAACUAUAUAAUUAUGUGGCUAAAUAUAUGUAUCGUGUGAACAUUGAUAUUAUAGAGACUUAUAAUAGAAAGUUUAAUUUCUGAA